GAGUUCUGAAACUAAAAUCAGCUGUUAUAUUCUGGGCUGAAAAUUCAAUUGCGUGUGGCCAAAUCCACCGUAACCAAGGCAGGUACUUCUUCAUGAACUUUAAUUUUAGAUCAAAGCUAUCAAUUGCGUGUAACGACAUCUCAGCCGUAACGCAGACUAGUCAAUGGAUAACUUCAUAACGCCAUCCAACUGAACAAUUGGAAUGAUGUGACGCCAUCAAAACGGCUUUGGGUGAAGGAUACAAAGUAAUAUCACUUCACUUCUAAACGGUAAAUGGCAAAUACUACACGAGCCGCAAUGGAGAACCACACGACAGAAUUGAGUUCACUUAUGACAACCGUACCAGCCGAUAACUACACACAACAUGUAGUUAUAGUAGGCCUAACAGUACGCUUCAUCGUCGGUCUAACUGGUAUCUUCGCCAACGUCUUUGUAGUAAUGAUGUUUUUAUGGGCCAGUGUCCACAAGAAAUCCUUCACUCACUUACUUCUUCUACAUCAGUCGAUAAUUGACAGCAUUGCAAGCUGUUUGUUUCUAGUUUACUAUACCAAUGCGGCACCAGAUGGACCUCGAGGUAACAUAUUCUGUAAAACGCGCUCCAGUUUCUGGUUAUUUGCAUUUGCGUCAACAUACAAUCUCGUCAUCUUGACCAUAGAACGCUAUAUUGCUGUAGUUCAUCCAGUGACGUAUAAAGAAAAAACCCAAGAGAAAAGUAACAAACGUUACUUGGUGAUCCCAUACAUCAUCGGUAUAGCAAUUGCAUGCCAUCUCGCAGUUAUUGGCAACACAAACAACCAGGGGAAGUGCUAUUUUGAGUAUCGCAGCGACGCGUCACAACUAGCAUCGGGUCUGAUAAUUUUUUUCCUUGCUUGGAUGAUACCAUCCCUGAUUUUAGUCGUCUGCUAUACAUACAUACUUAAAGGGCUUUACUACAGAGCGAGACGUAGUGGUACUGUUACAUCGGGCCAUGGUGGCAAUAACCUAAAGAUGGCCCAGCGUAGUCUUACGUACACUUUACUAUUCGUCGCCAUAGCUUUUUUUCUGUGUUGGACCCCAAAUUACGUGUUGUAUCUGUCGUAUACAAUCUGCCAGUGUUUCGACUUCAAUUCCUCAGUUGCUCACGAGAUUACUGUUAUCCUUGAUGCCGUUAAUUUUAUGAUUAAUCCCAUUAUUUAUGCUUUCAAAUUCAAUGAUUUCAAGUUGGCAGUAAGAAAAUUCUACAAAGAAUACUUCGAAAAAUCAAACAGAAAGCAUGACAGAAAUAUAGCGGAGGUUGAAUCAACAGGUGUCGCAUCGAUGUCAAAAACAUCUACCCGAGCGACGGUUUCCUUUAUUCAACAAGAUGUCAAAAAUAAUUAGGCCUAUGAUUUCUUUUGCAUAUGGAAUGUAUUUGCUGUUUGUGAGCUCAUUUAACAUAGUACAUAAAUGUAUUAUACGUUCGGAAUGAUUUCUUAUUUGAUUUAUUAUGUCAGUUGGUACUUAAAAAAAAUGUAGGCUAAAACGAUACUCACAUAUAACCAAGAUUCAGCAUUUAGUUUAUUUCAUUAAAAAAAAAAUAUUACUGACUCGACUUUAAACACCGUAUGUCUUUACAUUACAGUCAAGAGUUAUCAGUCACCAUAACAAUAAAGUCAUUGAAGUAAAAGAGUCUCCCUACAACGGUAAAUAUUACACAUUUUAUAAAGACUAAUUGUAUUACAUUUAAAAGACCCCACAUGGCGGGCAAAGUAGGCUACGGCCCCCGCGGGUCACAUGUGGUCCGAUUGCAAUAUAUUUGCAGCCCCUGACAACCCCAUAAUAUGCGGCCCACCUGACACAUUUAACUAGAAAACCCCUGGCUUAUACGGCCCGACACUGCUUAUAUGUACACAUUUACAUAUAAAGUAUAAAGUAGUAU